AUGGUUGUCUUCGACGGCCACGAGUACCUCACCGAAGAGGAGCGCCGGCUCCAGGAGGACCGGCAGCGGACAAAGUACUGGAAGAAAUGGGGGCCCUAUAUCGCUGAGCGGCAAUGGGCCACAGGCAGGUCAACCAGACCCACGGUGUAUUGCUGGCAUUUUCUAACAUGCUGUUACGUAGUGCGCGAAGACUACAGCGCUGAUGGCGACGCCUGGAGCCACUUCACACACGACAUGGCCCGGUCGCGGGCAUACCGCUGGGGCGAAGACGGCAUCGCCGGUGUCUGUGACACACACGGGUGGCAGAACAUUGCCUUUGCGUUUUGGAAUGAGAAGGACCCUUUUCUCAAAGAGCGCCUUUUCGGCCUCUCCAACCCCCAAGGCAACCACGGCGAGAGCAUCAAAGAAGCCCACUUCCAUCUCGAUAACACGCCCACCCACUCCUACAUGAAAUUCCUCUACAAAUACCCGCAACGCGAGUUCCCCUACCAGGACCUCCUCGACACCAACGCCAGCCGCACGAAGGAGGACCCCGAAUACCAGCUCCUCGACACAGGAAUCUUCGCCCAGGACCGCUACUGGGACAUUUUUAUCGAGACGGCCAAAGAGGAUGAUGAUCCCGACGAGUUGCUCUUUCGCGUUACGGCCUGGAACCGGGGCCCUGAGCGGGCUCCGUUACAUAUUAUUCCACACGUCUGGUUCCGCAACACCUGGGCUUGGGGCCGCGAGCCGCCAGAGAACAAGCCGGUGAUCGGGUACUACGCCGAGAACAUGAUGAAGUCGCGGCAUCACCGGCUGGGCGAGCGGUAUGUCUUGUUCUCACCAUCUCCCGGCGUGGGACCGAGUGGUGAAGACGUGGAGCCCGAGCUGCUCUUCACGGAGAACGAUACCAACUUUGAACUGCUCUACGGGGGCAAGAACGAGUCUCCUUAUGUGAAAGAUGCGUUUCAUAGGUAUAUUGUGGAGGGGGAGAGGAGCGCAGUGAAUCCGAAGAGGAAGGGAACCAAGGCGGCCGCGUGGUUUGUGUUUAAUGAGGGGGGAGGAGUCGCGCCGGGGGAGUGUGCUGUCGUCCGCUUCCGUUUCAGCCGCAAACCCGAGACGUACCUCGACGAAGAAGAGUUCGACGACAUCAUCGACCGGCGGCGCGAGGAAGCCGACGACUUCUACUACCACAUCAGCCCGCUGCCACUAGCCGACGACCUGCGCAACAUCCAGCGCCAGGCCUUCGCCGGCAUGCUGUGGUGCAAGCAGCACUACCUGUUCAUCUGGGACGAGUGGGCCAACGGCGACCCCAACCAACCGCCGCCGCCGGCCGGCCGCAAGAACAUUCGCAACGCGGCCUGGAAGCAUAUGCAUUGUGACGAUAUCUUGUCGAUGCCCGACUCGUGGGAGUACCCUUUCUUUGCGGCGUGGGAUACCGCGUUUCAUUGUAUUACCUUAGCGAUGAUCGAUCCGGAGUUUGCGAAGAAGCAGUUGGAUUUGUUGACACGGGAGUGGUAUUGUCAUCCGAAUGGGCAGAUCCCCGCCUACGAAUGGAACUUCAGUGACGUCAACCCGCCCGUCCACGCCUGGGCGACCUUCCGCGUCUUCAAGAUCGAGCGCAAGCUCUACGGCCGGCAAGACCUCGACUUCCUGGAGCGCGUCUUCCAAAAGCUCCUCCUCAACUUCACCUGGUGGGUCAACCGCAAGGACGUCGAAGGCAAAAACGUUUUCGAGGGGGGCUUCCUCGGCCUCGACAACAUCGGCCUCUUCAACCGCUCGGAGCCCUUGCCCACAGGUGGCACCCUCGAGCAGGCCGAUAGCACCGGCUGGAUGGCGUUCUACUGUCUCUGCAUGCUCAACAUCGCGCUGGAGCUGGCCAAGCAUAGGCGGAUUUACGAGGAUAUCGCGUCCAAGUUUUUCGAGCAUUUUAUACUCAUCAGCGACGCGAUGACCUUCCGCAUGGGCCAGAAGGAUGAAAAGUCCCUGUGGAAUGAUGAGGACGGGUUCUACUACGAUGCGAUUUCGUGGGGAGGACCCUGGAUCCAGCAGUUGCCCGUUCGCUCGCUCGUCGGGCUGAUUCCGCUCUACGCGACGCUGACGCUGGAACCGGAGCUGAUCAACCGGCUGCCGACGUUCAAGAAGAGGGUCGAGUGGUUCAUGGCGAAUAAGUGCGAUGUUGCGGAGCGGACGAUGCACAGCAUCCGGAAGAGGGGUAAGGGCGAUCGGAUUUUGUUGUCGUUGGUCAACAAGGAGAGGUUGAUCAAGAUUCUGAAGAGGAUGCUCGAUGAGGAUGAGUUUUUGAGUCCUCAUGGUAUCCGGUCGCUGUCGAAAUACCACAAGGAACACCCCUACUCGAUGGAGGUCAACGGCCAGGUCUUCAAGGUCGGCUACGUCCCCGGCGACUCGGACAGCGGUUUGUUUGGGGGCAACAGCAAUUGGCGGGGGCCGAUCUGGCUGUGUGUCAAUUUCUUGUUGGUUGAGUCCCUGCAGAGGUUUUACCUCUUCUUUGGCCAGGAUCUCAAGGUGGAGUGUCCUGUCGGUUCGGGCGAGUACAUGCAUCUGGGACAUGUCUCGGAGGAGAUUCAGCACCGGCUGCAGCAUCUUUUUGCCAGGGGUGAUGAUGGCAGGAGGAGCAUCAACGGCGGCAAUGAUAUACUCGACUUCGACCCCCACUGGAGGGAUUACCUCUGGUUUUACGAGUUCUUUGAUGGAGACACGGGCCGUGGUCUGGGUGCAACGCACCAGUGUGGCUGGACGGGCUUGAUCGCGAGGAUGAUCCAUGAUACAGGCGUAAACUGCCGCCUCCCCCAAACCCCCCGUACCCCCCGCGCCGGCAUGUCCCACUACUUCGACGACAUCCUGCACCGCCACCUCGGCGGCCGCCGCGACGCCCAAACCCCUAAUAUCCGCUCCCCUGUGUUAUCUCCUACUUCGUCUGGCGUGCGUCUGCGCCGGAGCUCCACCAGCCGUUCCCUAGCUGCACGAAGCGACUUCUCCUCCUGCACUUCGCUCAACGGGGUUCUCAGUAGUGGGGAUGAUAGGUCCUCUGUGGUGGGGAGUAGCCAUCCCGGAGAUGACGAUGAUGACCAAGAUGAAGAGGAAAAUGGGGGGGUUACGCCAGGGAUUGGUGGGGCAGGAGAGGUGAGAAGGGGGUCGGUUAACCCCGCGUGGAUGACGGAUCCGGAGAGGGUGAGACGCAGGCAGGAGGCGGAAAGGCAUUUGCAUUUGUACAUCACGCAGCAGUUGGAGAGGGUCAGGGCGGAGAGGGGGAUGGAGGAUGAGGUGGAUGAGUUUGAGACACUACCUUGA